AUGUUUGACCUAUUUCACCUAUCAUUGAACAGAUUUUUAAAGAGUGGACUGCUGAAGAAUUUUGCAGAUGUCACAGUCAUAGAAACUGAAUGUCCAGACCUGUCUAAGGAACCCUUUGAAUUUCCUGUAAAUGGGUGGUGUUCCAUACUUGGUGCAAUGCCACGUCUUGAUAAAGUUUACAAUGUUAAUUCAGUGGCCAGGAAAAUCGGUCUUCCUGGGGCCUACAUCUUAGGUGCUGGAGCAACUUCACAUAAAAGUCUGGGAAUGAAUGCUGACAAGAAAACAAGAUUAGCAGAGCAAGUAAAGCCUCCGGACCCCAAUAAUAUCCUGGGAGAUAGGCAGUGGAAUAGGCUGAUGAGACAUCAUGGAAUUGAUUCCUCUGGGGACAACAGGCAGUUUAGAAGCUCCACUCCUGAAGGCACAGAACCAGGAAGAAGCCUGCUCUACACCUUUCACAUAGCUUGGCAGAAGCCCACUCUGCAGGGUACACAGAGUCAGGAGGAAACCCCCUCCCCUAGGGCGAGCAGGCAUGCUAUGUUUUCCUUUUUGCUAAUUUUCACUGUACAAGCAGAAAGUGCAGGCACAGUAGCUGUUAAUAAGAGUUAUGUAGCUAGCGUCAACCCUGGUGUUGGAAGCUGUUUGCUGGAGAAAUAUAGGGAUAGGAAUAAUGACAACAACUUUGGGCUCCUGUAUAACCUCUAUGCCUGUGAAGGGAAAACAGGAAAGGUAAGUAUACCCAGUGUUAUCAUUUGCUUGGUUGGAUUGAUUGGUUCAUUUAAAUCAGAGGUACCCAGGCCAAUGAGGAGUGUAGUUUGUUUGACCCUUUUGCAAUUGUCCACCACUUCUGCUUGUCAGUUGAAUUCUGAUGAAGAUGUUAAUGGCUGGUUGAAGUUUUAUGAGAUGACGGCUCCUCUUAUAUGCCAGUUAGUUUUUGUUUCACAUGAUCCCGGUUAUGACUUAUGCCUAGAACACACGCAUUGCUACAGUCACCAUGUAGAAGGUGGGCACUACCAUUAUGAUACAACCCCAAAUACAUUGGAGUACCUUGGCUAUUUUCAUCCUGCAGAGUUUCUGUAUCGCAUUGAUAAACCAUCUGAUACUCACAUGGUUGGAAGGGAUUAGAUUUGCUUGUUCUUUGUAGUCAGAUCAAACUGUUAAUAUGAAACUUGAAAAAAGUUCUAAAAAGUCAGUUUUAUGCAGAAUCAAUAUAUUUUUACUGACUGCUAAUGUUGAAUUAGCCUUGGUAAUAAAUAGAAAUCCUCCCAGAUUUUAACAGUCUCUUUAUUUCCAUAUUGCCCAGAAAAGGAUUGUCACGAUUGUUGCAGUUUAAAUCUGGGAUUUAUAAUUUGGAGACGUGUUAGAGCACAGCGUUUCCGCUGAACUGUAACACCCCACUGAACAGAAUGGUGUUUGACAGCUCAAAGAAAUCAGAUUAAUGACUAAUGACACAUUCAUCCAGGGUCGGACUGGGCCUACGGGACACCGAAUAAAAACGCCCCCUGCCAGCCGAGACCCACUCCCUGGAUAAUCUUCCUGCCGUCCUGCUGCGACCUCCCUUCUGGGCUGCGGCAAAAAAAAAAGCGCGUGUGCGUAAAAAAGGUUCAUGAGCAUAAAAAAACGUGCACGCUCGUCAAAAAAUGCACACGCAGUGGGGGGCAGGGGUCCAGAUGGGGGCCCUGGGACAGCAUUCAUCUGCUUUUAUUAAUAUGCAAAUGUUAAACGACUUCCUUGACAAUCACUAGAAAUUAAUUGGAUUUCACAAUUCAGUCCUGUAAGCCUGGUCCUUCACUCUUUUUUUAUUUCAACAGAUUUUUUAUUAAACAUUUUGUAUUUUUUUUUUUUAAGAUUAGGAGUCUCUUCAAAGGUUUUAGGUAAUGGGAGACGAGGCAAACGGUAAUCAAAAUAAUGUCCUGCCUUGCAAACGACACUUUCAGUUAUGGGAAAACAACAAUAUUCAAUGUAAUUUUGUGUAAUGUCUUUAAAAUUGUGCUUUAUUUCUGUCUAACAUGUCCUCUGUAAUACAUGUUAGCUGUGUAUUUCUGCUGGCCUGAUUGGAAUGAAUAUGAUCUUAGUAGGCAACACCCAGAAAAGGAGAUGACUGGUUACUAUAUUCAUUCAUCAAGUUCAGUUACUGUUAUGGAAUUAUAUCAGUAAAUAUUAGUUAAUAGUAGUUAUGUUAGGAUCAUUGUUUUAUCCCCAACAUAACAAGUGUAUUUAUCAUCUGACAGGGAAAAAAAUCAUAUUUGUGUCCAUGUAUAUUGUUUAUUUGCUGUGAUUAAAAAAUAAAAUGCCUGCUUUGCUAAUCAAUAAAAACAUAAAUAAAAAUCAGAGAUGUGCAGCUCAU